AUGACCAGGCCCUGCCGCUCGCCGUUCCAGGUAGACGGAGCAUCAGAGACGUACUUUAUUAGACACGCCGGUGCAGCCGCUCUCGUCUCCUCCCCGGCCGAGCCCUUACCGACCAAGGAGGAACUCCUCGAGCUUUGCGACUCGGUGCGAACCUCCCUUCGCCAGGAGAAGAGCCUUGGGCCUUGCGCAGACAGAAUACAAGAACUCUUGGAGAGUGCUUUGAAGGGGGAGCUUCGGCACACUCCCUUCCUCGAUUUCGAGACAAUUCAAUACGCUCGUCUGGACAAGCUCCUCGCCGACAUUGUUGAUCCUGCCAACCGCCCAUCCCCGCUGCCCCUCCGCUUCCGUGCCGAUAUGGCUGUAGCCGAGAGCCUCCAAAAGAUGUGGAGGGCCCGGUUCCGCGAGCCAUACUUCGCCCUUGAUGAGGUGCGCCAGCGCAGCUUGCACACCGGCGGUGAGAUGCGCGACAUUCACUUCACCACUGCCGGCGUCGAUCCCCUCGAAUCCUGGACCGUUCACGACAGCUCCCGCGAUCCCAUCUCGGAGCUUGAAGGAAACCAGCAGUUUGAGCCUGGCCACUGGUGGCUGAAUCUGGCCUGCGCCUACCGUGAUGGCAUUCUCGGCACUGCUGUCGAGAAACCCACCAAGGGGAAAUAUGGAGUCACUGCCCUUCCACUCUUGACCGGCUGUGAGGAGCACGUUCGUGGCGACCUCUAUCGAUACGUCCGCGAGGGCAGCCUCUCUGACAUGCACGUCUCUCUCCUCACCAAGGUCGGCACCCGAAUUCGCAUCCUCAGGGGCUACCGCCUCAAGAGUACACUGGCUCCCAAGGCUGGCGUGCGCUAUGACGGACUUUACAUCAUCCGCCAAUACGGCAACAAGCUGGAUGCCAAUACAGACAAAUAUCGCCUUGAGCUCCUGCUGGAACACGUCGACGGCCAGAAGAGUCUCGAGCAGGUGCAGCAAGUGCCUCGGCCAUCGCAGAUGGAUGACUGGGAGGCGUUUAAGAAGCUCGAGGCCGAGAUGGUCCGUCGGUGCAAGGGCGAUGACGGCCUGCUGGACUUGAAGAUCCGCAAGGAGGAGGAGCGCAUCGACCGCGAGCACUGGAGAAGGUCGACAGAUUUCCGAGCUUCGCUGAGCCCAGAGGCCUGCGCGGGACUGGGGCAGGUUUUGUCUGCCCGAUGA